GCUUCUUCCAUUUUUCUGCCCUAAUUUUCUGGGUUAUGCGCAUGGCUCCGCCAAAUACUGAAGCGGAAGUCGCUUCCUCUUCCCAAAUGAAGAUGAAGAAGAAGAAAAAGCAGAAGACCGUUGGAGAUUCUAAUUCCGGCGCUGAUUUGAAGUCCAUCAUCCAUCAGCAUGCACUGUUCUUCGACAAGCUAGUCGAGCUCAUUCCUGCAAGGUUCUAUUUACCUAACGAUGAGAAAGACAAGCCCUGGUUUCAGGGCUUAAGCAAGACCGAGAAGGUUUUGGCUAAGAAGGAAUCAAAGGAAAACCUUAAGAAAGCUCGACGAGAUCGUAUGGAUCCAGAGAAGUAUUCUAAAUCAACCCUUGAUUUGCUUAAGCAAAGCUUAGAAAAGGAAAAGUUGAAAAACGAAAGUGAUGAUGAAGAAAAGGAUGUUAAGCCAAUGACAUCUGGGUUGGAUGAUGACGAACGGUCAGUGACAUAUGAAGAACUUCGACAACGCCUUCAUCGAAAACUUGAGGAGUUCCGGGCAAAUAGAAACACAGGAUGUUCAAAUAGGGAAAAGAAGAGGAAUGAACGAAAUGAGAGGUGGGAACUUGUUCAGAAGAAACGCAAGAGAGAAGUUGAACCUGAGGAAAAGAAAUCAGCAACCUCCACCACCCGCUCAACAAGUGAAGUGGAGAGGAGUGUAGUUGAGGCUUCCAAAAAACUGGCGUUUAGUCAUGUAAAACUCGGAACUGAAGAAGAGAAUGGGAAGAAAAAGAAGAGAAGGCUCUCAAAGUUGAAGGAGCUCGAAAAUGCAAAAAGAUUAGAGGAAGCGAAGAAAGAUCCCGAGAAAGGUGAGACGAUCUCGAAGAAGCAUUCUUGGAAAGCAGCAACAAGUAGAGCUGCGGGUGAUAAAGUUCACGAUGAUCCAAAGCUCCUGAUGAAGAGCUUGCGGAAGGAAAAGAAACAGCAGCUGAAGAAUGUUGAGAAAUGGAAAGAGAGGAUUGAAACCACCCAGAAGAUGAAAGCAGAAAGGCAACAGAAGAGAUCAAAAAACAUAGCUCACAAAAUCCACGAUAAGAAGAUGAGGCGGAUUGCAAAGAGGGAGAAGAAACUUAUGCGCCCUGGUUUUGAAGGUCGCAAGGAAGGUUUCAUUAACGAAGGCACCGCAUAAUGUGAAGAAUAGUACACGUGGCGGGACACCUGUCAAUGCCUGUCCAUGAAGUUCUCUCUCUAGAUCUCUCUCUCUCUCUGAAUCUCGAAGUUGAUCAGACGGUGGAGUGUGGGCCUGGCUUUGCAGAUGGUUCAUCCUGUGGGGCUCACAAGUGCUUUUGUUGUGUACUUCUCAAGCCUUGGCGGCAGCACAAACAGAGAUCUUCCCUGGUUUAUGACUUGUGAAGACUAGAUUAGAUAUGGUUUUGUUAAUUAAGAUGGCCGGUCCGAAUAUUCACGGACGAUAAUAUUGUAAUUUUGUUCUAACAAAAGUUGUUAGCUACGAUGAUAUAGAGUUAAAUACUAUUUUGAUACCAUUU